AAGUUUGAUGUUUUUCAAUUCAGUUGUUCCAAGAUCUUUUCUUUGAAAUCGAUUUGGGUGCAGGAACUUGUGAUACUUGAACAAGGAGUACAGUGCAUGCUGAGUCAAAUGUCAUAUCUAGGUUCCUCCAAUGGAAACUCAGCCUUUCUUCAACCACAAACGUCGCAGGACUGGAUUCGUACUUGUUCUUAUGAUGUCCAUAACUCCUUUUAUUAUCACCAGAAUGAUGAUCAUAGAAAGAGCAGCAGUUUGACAUUGGAAGAGAAGAAACAGCUUAAAUACUUGGAAGAUCAGCUUGGGAUUUGUAUCAAGGACGAACAACAUGAGGGUGCUUCACAUGUACACAAACAAAGAAUUAGAUGGACACCGGAGCUUCAUGAACUUUUCUUAAAUGCAGUUGAAAAACUUGGUGGCGCUGAGAGUGCGACACCGAAGAAUAUUUUGAGGCUUAUGAAUGUUGAGGGCUUGCACGUCUACCAUGUUAAGAGCCAUUUACAGAAAUACCGACUCGCGAAGAAUGCAUCAGAGAUGAAACAGGAUAAAAGAAGCUCCAAAUCAGAAGAAAUGAGAUUGGCGGCUCCAACUGACUCUGAUAAUAAUGUUGUCAACUUAGAAAGAAGCAUGCAAGUUCUAGAGGCCAUGAGGAUGCAAAUUGAAAUGCAAAAGCUACUGCAUGAACAGCUGAAGAUACAGAGGGACCUUCAGGUGCAAAUAGAACAGCAUGGACAGUACUUGAAAAAGAUAAUGGAAGAACAAGAGAAAGCUGGAAGAGAAUUGUUAUCAAAUCCACCAAAGGAAGCAGACUGCUCUUCUAGUUCUAGAUGGCAAAAGCGUCAGCGGGUAGACACUAAUUAAAACUGCAUCUAUCCAAACUUCUUCAGGUUUUCGUAAUUUCAUGUGAACAAAUAAAUAGAACUCUGUAUC